GGAGGCCUGUUGCAUACCGGCUGCAGAGGGACCCACACUGCCCCUUUAAACCACUCACCUCCCCGUCUCUCCCACCGUCCUGCUCUCUUCUUCCCCAUUUCGCUGCUUUGUUUUCAUUGUCGCUCUUUUUUAUCAUGGCUGCUCAUUCUACUGAAGAACCGUUCCCCUUCCACGGGCUGCUCCCUAAGAAAGAAACCGGCGCCGCGUCUUAUCUCACCAGGUUCCCCGACUACGAUGGCCGAGGCGUACUCAUCGCCAUCCUCGACACCGGCGUGGAUCCCGGUGCCCCCGGCAUGCAGGUAAAUCUUACCGGUUAGCCCAGAGCUAAAUGGUGAAGGCUAACCGUUAGCGAGCUCGAGGCCCGACUCCUUCCCUGCAUUUGUACACAGUCACUCGGUGGCUAAAGCUAACUAGCUUGCGUCGAUAGAUAUACACUAUCGUUAUUAUGUUACCUAGAGUGAUAGAAUUUGUGACAACCCAAUGAACAACAAGAAAAUUGUUAGAGGUGUUUUCUCUUGCAGUUAUAAUGUAUGGCGGUGUUUGACUUUUAUAAAUUAAACAGAUUUACGUGUUAGCUGGGUUAGCCUACUGGCUAAUAAAAUUCGUCCGCUUCGUGUCUCUUCUUGUUUCUCCCGUUAUUACAGUUUUUAGUGCCAACUUUUUGACAGCAGUUAAAAUCUUAUGAAUAUGCAUUCACUUGACAUAACAUUAUAGGAAGGCUAGUUUUUGUCGGUCAACGAGAGGGUAGUUCAUGUUCCUGCCAAGUCACACUAGACUCCAGUCUGCCAGAUACACAGCUUUUACUGAAGUACAUUAUAUGAUUCACCCACUUAUAUUGAUGUUAUAAAAGUAGGCUACCUGGUACAAUAUAAGCCUAAACUGAAGCCAUACAUUUUUAACCACAUGUUUAAGUUGAGUUUUGAAGGGCAGAGACUGAAAUGCACCUCAUCGAUAAAUAUAAGGGUGAAGGAGGCACUUGAAGUCGAUACACACGACCCAGAUUUAAGGUCACCUCUUAGCAUAAGCGUAUGAUAUCUAAUGUCUGAAAUCAAUCUUGGUUAGUAUACACUCAUCCGCUACAACUUUGUGUUAAUACUGGCAACCUAAGACAAGCUGUUACAUUUUACGGUAAUAUUGACAGUUGUUCUAUAUACUGUCAAAUACAAGAGCAUCAUGAUAUAAGGAAAACCCUUCUUUCUAAUGCAUCUUAAUUCAUACACCUGCUACAGUUUCAGCUAGGGCUGGGCGAGAAAACGAUAACGAUUUAUAUCAAAAAGUAAUUCCCUUCAAUAUCAAUAUGAAACAUGGUCAACCCCGGCAGAAAUGCAGAUGAAGGCUCAACAGAUGAUGACAUCGUUGACAACACUGGCGUGAAAAUGUCGGUGGUGUGGAGGUAUUUUGUUUUUUUUUUGAGGUGGGACAAGAAGCAGAGUAAUGUGCACUGCAAAUUAUGUCGAGUACAUGUUCUCGCAAAGUUGGGUAGUACCUAACUGUUUAGUCCACUUUCUCUAGCGCAAUGCCUCACGACAAAACAUCAAAGAGACACAAAGACCUCACAGAUGCAGUAGUUUAUUGUAUUGCAAAAGACAUGCUACCACUGUUAAAUUUCAUUUCAUUUUAUAACGUGAUAUAUAUCGAUAUCGACUGAUGUGAAAAAAAUGUAGCGUGACAAACUUUUUCCCAUAUCGCCCAGCCCUAGUUUCAGCAAUAAAUUCAGAUAACAGUUACCAUCCCUCUGAAGUUCUUUUUUAAUAGAAAUAAAACUUAAAAGCUUGGUAAAAGUUGAACACAUGUUAGAGCUGCAUUUGGAUGCCCAGGUGUUCAUAAUGUCAUGUCUUCUUUGUAGAUUACUGAUAAUGUGUUAUGGAUUCUUUUUGGUCUGGUAUAACGUAUUCCUUUCUGAUUUCUUCUUUAGGUUACAACUGAGGGGAAGACAAAGAUCAUUGAUAUCAUUGAUACCACAGGCAGUGGUGAUGUGAACAUGACCACUCUGGCAGAACCCAAAGAAGGGACAAUCACUGGCCUCUCUGGUAGAACACUUAAGGUAUGUACUCUUGUGUUACAAAGUAAUGUAUAACAGCAGUGAUAUGGAUAUACGCCAGUACAGGCAGUGGCCCAUAUCUCCCAUCAUCCUUUGGGGAUGUAUAAUCACCUCUCUUAGUAGUUCUCUGUGGCCCUUUUCAAAUUCGUCUGUGCUUGACCACACUCAGGGCCCACGCUUAAAAGGAUUUGUCUUCACAUUUGUCUCACACUGUGUCCUUUUAUGUCUCCCAGAUUCCUCCUGCCUGGGUCAAUCCAACAGGGAAGUAUCGCAUCGGAGUUAAAAAUGGCUAUGAAUUUUUCCCUAAGGCUCUUAAAGAGAGAAUACAGGUAGGAAGACCUGACAUUAUUACUGUACUGUGUGUGUGUCGAGGCGUUUUAGUGUGGAACUCCAUAGUGUGUGAAAGCAGUUAAGGUGUUGGCAUUGUGUAUAGUACUAGAUCUGUAGGGAUUAAUAACCUAAAGUUCAAGCUUUUAUGUGGUUUGAUCCCUACAUUUUAUUGUAUGCUCCUUAUAUUGUAGUGUUAUUGCUCAGGAUAACUUUAUUCUAAUAAAAAAUAAUUUUAUAGCCAGAACUCUGAUGAUUUGAUUACUGACAGAGAAGUAUUGUAGUAAUUGUAAAUAUGAACAUGUUUUUUUUUCUAUUUAUGAUGCUACUAGAAAGAGCGAAAGGAGAAAAUGUGGGACCCUCCACACAGAGCAGCACUUGCUGAAGUCUCACGCAAGUCAGAGGAGUUCGACCUCUCUCACCCAACACCCUCACAGGUCAGACCUUUGAAACGGAUCCCCUUGUGUCCCUGUUGGUAUUUGCAUGUUUCAAUGUUGCCCGUCCUAACUUUGAUACUUCUCCUCUCUCUAUUUUUACAUCUAUCCUUCCCUCCCUUCCUCUCUGCAGAUGGAGAAGUUGCAAAAAGAAGAGCUGCAGAGUCAGUCAGAGCUGCUGGCAUCACUAGAAAAGAAGUACAGUGAUCCUGGCCCUGUUUAUGACUGUGUACUUUGGCAUGACGGUCUCUCAUGGAAGUAAGCCAAACUACAUUUUCCUCUUUUCUUUACCUCUUCUAUCCAGUAUCCAUAAAUCUCACUUAAAGUUUGUUUAUUUAUGUACUUACUCGUUUAUAUAUUUAUUUGUAAUCUGAUCAUGCUUUCCCUCUUUAGGGCUGUGGUUGAUGUAUCAGAGUGUGGAGAUCUGUCCCAGUGCACUGUGCUGAGUCCAUACAAAGAGUCUCAAGAGUAUGCCACGUUAGGAAAUGCUGAGAUGCUCAACUACUCGGUCAAUGUUUAUGACGAGGGGAACACUCUCUGUAUCGUCACCAGUGGAGGUAAGAAAUCCUAAAACAUAAGAUUAAUAAGAUCGUAAGAUUGAGUGAGUGAAAACAAAGACGUUUAACAGUGAGUCAAGGACACUGUUUAGAAGUCUACUCAGCAUAUUCUUUCAGCUAACCUUGCAUAUGUGCAAUUAAAGGGGCACAUGGGACACAUGUGGCAAGCAUUGCAGCAGGUUACUUCCCAGAAGAACCUGAGCGCAACGGUGUUGCCCCUGGAGCCCAAAUCCUGGCUCUGAAGAUCGGGGACACCCGCCUUAGCACCAUGGAAACUGGUACUGGACUCAUCCGUGCGGUACGUUUAUCCAUACUGUUUCAAGAAAAAGAUUAACAUUCAAUCUUUUCUAGAUUUGUGGAUCACUUAUCUUUAUUUCCUUUUGUCUUUUACAGAUGAUCGAAGUCAUCAACUACAAGUGUGACCUAGUUAACUAUAGCUAUGGGGAAGCCACCCACUGGCCCAAUUCUGGGUAAGUUCCUAGACAAAGAGGUGUGUUUAUUUGUGUGGGUUUAUUUUGCACAAUAUUAACAGAUUUUUGGUGCGUUUGUUAUUUUCAGGAGGAUUUGUGAGGUGAUCACAGAGGCUGUGCAGAAGCACAAUGUGAUGUUUGUUUCAAGUGCAGGAAACAAUGGCCCAUGCCUUUCAACAGUUGGCUGCCCAGGUGGAACCACAAGCAGUGUUAUAGGUACAAACACUGAAGAGCUCUUUUUUUAAACUCUGAAAAGUACUUAACAUUCAUCCGCACAUUCCCAAACUACACAAAGCUGUUGUGGCUAAAUUGAACCCUUAAUUCCUUCUAUCUCCGGUUUUAGGGGUUGGAGCAUAUGUUACUCCUGAUAUGAUGGUGGCAGAGUACUCCCUGAGAGAAAAGCUGCCUCCCAACCAGUACACCUGGUCCUCCAGGGGCCCCAGCACAGACGGGGCCCUGGGGGUCAGCAUCAGUGCUCCUGGAGGCGCCAUCGCAUCUGUGCCCAACUGGACUCUCCGCGGGACUCAGCUGAUGAACGGCACAUCAAUGUCAUCGCCCAACGCCUGCGGAGGCAUCGCACUAAUCCUCUCAGGUGACUUCAGGGUCAUGGACUGAUAGUCAGCACGGGGAACAUGCUACAUUAAAAGCAACGUGGGGGAGAUGAUAACAAAUGUGGUGUGUUUUUAUGUGAUAAAGGAUUGAAGCAGAGCGGGAUCCCUCCCUCUGUCCCUGCUGUGAGGAGAGCGCUUGAAAAUACCGCCAUGAAGGUUGAUGACAUUGAGGUGUUCGCACAGGGUCACGGAAUAAUCCAGGUGACUUGACUUCUGCACCACUUACUAACACUUCAUAAGAAUUCACUUUCCCCCUCUGUCUCAUUUUAACACAUUCCUGCUUCUUUUUCAGGUGGACAAGGCAUUAGACUACCUCACUCAACAUGCCUCUUUACCGACAAGCAAUCUCGGCUUCUCAGUAAGUGUAGGAACACAGAGAGGCAUCUACCUCAGGGACCCAGCCCAAAUCCUUGGACCCUCAGAUCACGGCGUAGGAAUCGAACCCAUCUUCCCAGAGAACACAGGUACUGUUCAUAGUUUUGCACAACCCCCACAGAGCAUUAUGUAACUGUUAUUGUUUUUACACCAGUUAUUUUCUCGUAACGUCCAUCACAGGAAAUGCCGAGCGAAUCUCCUUGCAGCUACACUUGGCGCUGACAUGUGCGGCCCCGUGGGUUCAGUGUCCCUCCCACCUGGAGCUGAUGAACCAGUGUCGUCAUGUCAACGUCCGCAUUGAUCCUGUGGGACUGAGAGAGGGAGUGCACUACACAGAGGUAGAGACAGAGACAGAAAGAGGACGAAGAGUCUGACCAUGUCCUCCUCCAGUCUAUCAGUCUUCAUGUGGUUCUUUUUCUUCCUUAGGUGUGUGGUUAUGACACAGCAGCUCCGACCUGUGGCCCUCUGUUCAGAGUUCCAAUCACAGUCGUUAUCCCUGCUAAGUAAGUUUUCUAAGUUUCAGUCGGCUUUUUCUUCAGUAAGUGGUGUGUUUGGGUCUCAUUUUCCCUUUUUUUUCUCCUUUGAUCCAACAGAGUGACAGAUAGCCGUAAUCAAGAGCUGUCUUUCACAGACGUCCACUUUAGACCUGGCCAGAUUAGACGCCACUUCAUCACAGUUCCUCAGGGGGCCUCCUGGGCAGGUCAGUGUUUCUAUAUGUGUGUGUGUUAACAGAACUUAAUGGAUUACACUCUUACUGUGAGAUUUGGGUUAAUUAAAAUGUCUAAUCAUCUAAGAAUCUAAGGCUAUAACAAAUAUUCAUAAUUUGUUCUCUCUUGAUUUAUCAAAUCAAAAUGUAAAUUUCGGUUCAGUUUGUGCUGCAGUUUCCUACAUCUACAUUAAAAAAACGCAAUCAGCUUUUGUGAAGUACCGUGGCUCAAUAAUCAUCAUCAUGUAGUUGUAAUUAAAUGUUCUUCACUUUGGUCAUCCUGCUGGUUAUUUGUUAUUUGUUAAGAUAUAUUUGCCACAAGUAUCUGUAUUUUUAUAUAUUUAAUGACUUGGUGUGCUUUUCACUGUCUGAGUGCUGUAGUGGAUUUUUUGUGUGAUUUUUUUUUUUUCCUUUUUUUGCUUCUGAUUGUAAAAAAAUUUGCAGGAAAAGGCAAAAAUAUUUCUGAAAACUGCUUUGUAACAAACCUGAUUCCAGUUAACUGUGUUUCUAAAAAGUAUAAGGAGGAAACUCUCAAUGCCUGUACAUUUUUUAUCCAAAUACAGUUCAUUGCGUUAUUAUUGAUCUUCUAUUGUGAAUGGCAAAAUACGACGGAUUAUUAGGGCCACAUUAAGAAAAACAAAACAAUUAGAGAUAAAAGUUGUUAAUUUACAAGAAUAAAAUCAUUACCUACGAGAAUUAAGUCGUAAUAAAAUCAUUACUUAUGGAAAUAAAUUCGUGAUAAAGUAGGCGAGUGACUUGCGAGAAUAAAGUUGCAAUAAAAUCAUUAUGAUACUUAUGAUAACGUGGUGCUGAUGUGCCAAAAGAUUAAGUAUCUUCUUGUUUGAGAAACACACAUUGAAGUAAAUUUUCUUGAAACGCUCCAUGGCUCUCAUUUCAACAAUUGUCAUCUUAGACAAAAGGUAAAAUAUGAGGACUUUACUCUGACGUUAUUCUCGUAAGUGAUUACUUUAUUACGUCCUUAUUCUCUUAAGUAAUGAUUUUAUUACGACUUUGCUCUUGUUAGAAAUGAUUUUACUAUCUCAAAGUUGUAAUUUUUUUUUCUCAGUGUGGCCAUAAUACUCCGUCGUAGCAAAACAUGUUCAAAAUUGGAAAAAAAUCAAUUUAUUGCCUGACUAAAUCUGGACUUUUGAUAUAGAUGUAAUGAUGUUAGUCUGGAUGAGAUUACACCAAGUUGAAUUUCUCAAAGUCUGACUCACAUACCUAAACACUUUUGUUGGUGAUAGAUUUUUCUAGCAUGUUUACCCCUAAUUACGCCCAGGUGCUCUGCUUAUGUUGCACAGUUUGCACAACGGGCGUCAUGUUGUUUUUGCUGUUUUAUUUACAGUUAGCCUGUUGCCAACUUUUUUGAUGAUUAGUUUGGUGUGUGGUGUGAUCGGCCAGCUGGAGAAAGAUCCAGUAGGUUGAUUGCCACCCACCAUAGUGGACAUACUUUUGUCAGUGAAUCGAUUCUCUGCAUGUACACGAGGACAAAAAUAGUCGUCUAAUGAAAUACACAACUGAGCUGUGAGGGAUCUUCACAAAUAAAAAUUGCCCAUUUAAACUCGCACCUAUUUUUUCUCUUUCUCUCUACUGGCCUCCCCCGCGUUCUCUUUCCGCCUCACGCAUUUUGCCAUUAUUUAUAUCCUCUUUUUUUAUUGUUCUCCUGUUUCUCCGCCUCCGUCUUCCUGUCUCCCUCCUACAGAGAUCACUCUGACCUCUCAUUCAGGAGAUGUUUCAUCAAAAUUUGUUCUCCAUGCGGUGCACCUGGUCAAACAAAGAGCAUACAGAGCCAACGAAUUCUACAAGUUCUCCUCGCUCUUAGAAAGAGGCUCGUUGACCGAGGCUUUCCCUGUGCUGGUAAGAUUGCCCCAUUUACCAUUUAUGUGAUUGUAUAUAAACUCUAUAAAGAUGAGCUGAUUUCUUUGUUUUUUUCUCCUCUCUAGUCAGGAAAGGUCGUAGAGUUGUGUAUUGCUCGCUGGUGGGCAAGCCUUGGAGAUGUCACAGUGGACUACAACAUCUCAUUCCAUGGACUCAGCACUUCCCCUUCACCCCUGCACAUAGUAAGCAGGACACCCACACAUGUAUAAUCCGCACUGUCAGGAAAGCCGUACAACUCAGAGAGCAUCAGUUUCCUUUUUUAAAACCCCUCAUUUAUGUCUGCCAGCACGCCUCAGAGGGAGUCACGAGUUUUGAAGUGUCGUCGCCUCUGCGGUACGAGGAGGUGUCCCCCGCUGUCACCCUCAAGUCUUGGGUUCAGCCUCUUAGGUAACAGCACAGACACUCAAACAGUCACACACGUUUAUUGUUUUUUCCACAUCAGUGAAAUAAAACUGUGCGCCGUGUUUUUACAGGCCCGUCAGUUCAAAGAUAAAAGCUCUGGGGUUGAGGGAUGUCCUUCCCAAUAAUAGACAACUCUACGAGAUAGUCCUCACCUACAGUUUCCACCAGGUACUUGAAGAAUUAAAUGAGAUCUGAAUGCUUGUUGUUUGUCUUGUUUCUAUGGUGGUGUAAUCUUCUUCUUUUCUACCCAAAGCCUAAGAGCGGAGAGGUUACCCCCAGCUGUCCAAUGCUGUGUGAGCUUCUGUACGAGUCUGAGUUUGACAGUCAGCUCUGGAUGCUCUUCGAUCAAAACAAAAGGUUACUGGGUUCAGGGGAUGCUUACCCACACCAGGUACACAUAAAGAGUUCGACCCUGACGUUUUCAAGAUCUCCUCGAUGUUUGCUUUUCAGGAGUGUUAUGCCCUCCCCUCUAUUUCUCUCUUUCUCUUCCACAUCUCCAGUAUUCCCUGAAGCUGGAAAAGGGCGACUUCACUGUGCGCCUGCAGGUUCGCCACGAGCAGUCCAGCGAGCUAGAACGCCUUAAGGAUCUACCGUUUGUGGUUUCUCACCGUCUCUCUACCACACUCAGUCUGGAUGUCUUUGAGACGCAUCGGGCCGCCCUCAUGGCUAAGAAGAAGGCCAACUCUGUCACUUUGUGCCCGGGCGCCUCACAACCUUUCUACAUCACAUCGUUGCCAGACGACAAGUGAGUGAAUUCAUUGAGAAGUUUAUCCUUACUGACCGUACAGAAAGGCUUCAAGUAACAGCUGUUCUGUUUUGAGGUCGAGUAUAUCGAGUUCACUGGGACAGAAGAGUAUAGGAAGAGAAAAUAUUCACUUUGAAAAAAGCUAGAAUCAGAUCAAUUUGCUCUAUGAAUUAUGCAACCUCAUUUCAUCUUCAAAACAGCUGGAUUAGUGAAAUAGCUCUGUGAACAAUGAGUUACUGUAAUUCAUUCUUGCAGCUCUUAGGCAACCGCUUUCAUAUUAUGUGAUCAUAUUUAGUCUAAUCCUCUCGGCUCUUCUCUCUCUCCAUGGCUGGCCUUCUCUCUUUUGUUCGUCCCUCUUUCCAGGAUCCCAAAGGGGACAAGUCCAGGCUGUUAUCUUUCAGGAUCUAUGGUUGUUCCCAAGAGCGAGUAUGGCAAGAAAGCAGUGAGUGGCCUUUAUUUGUUGUUUCCACCCUCAGUGAUCAACCCUGUUCCUCAGGUUCUUGUUGUCAUGACAGUCUCAACCUCUCGACUUCAUCAUAGUGAGUUACACAAUGCUGUGGUCUGAUAACUGAUCGUCAGAAUCUGAAAUUCAGUCAUCAGGUGUGCGAUGGAGGUGCUUGUGGUUCUGAAGUACAGGGUUGAAGACUGGUGCUCUGGUGAUUGUCGCUUUCCUGAUUCUGUUUUUGAAGGUGUUUUAUCGCAUCAUUUUUCAGAGAUGAGCCGAGGCUCGUCUGUCGCUUCUGAAAUCGGUUGCUGUAUUUCUUGAUCCUGCAUGGCAUCUUUUUUUUGUCAUAUGUUUUUUGUUUACAUUACAGUUUGGUCACUGUGCUUGAAGCUAUGUACCGUAUAUUCACUUGUGUUAUCUGCAUUUUUCAGUGAGUCAGUGUCAUGUCUGUGGUUUGACACCAAAAUUAUUAUUUUGAUUUGGAAUUUAAGAAUUUUUUUUUUUUUUUUCCAAUUAGACAAAGGAAGCCAAGGCUAAAUCAAAAGUGUUUUCCGGAGACAAAAACAACUUUGAUCGUAUAAAUUAGGAAAAGAAAAGAAAAACUCAUGGCAAGACAAGGAAGAGUAUGUUAAGUUGUUAUACAAAGAGCUUUUACUCCAUGUGUUGUUUUCAGAGGGAAGUAUUCAAACAAUUACUUAAAUACAGGACAGUAGGGCUGGGACGAUAUGCUUUUCUCCCGAUCCGAUUCUUCUACGAUCUUUGGACGCCGAUUCGUUUUAAAUUUCGAUUCUACGAUAUAGUCAAUUUUCUCGAUUUUUAGUCUGCUUUUAACACCAGUGAAACGGUUUAAUGAUUAUGAUUGUCUACUGACUUUUCCAGGAAACAUAUUUCCCCAAAAAAUACACGUCACAUGAAAGUCGGUUUUUAACAUUUAUUCUUAAAUUUAAAAAAUAUAUAUCAAUUUUUGAUAAUUAGCAUUGCUUCUGGCCAGCUAGCUAUUUAGCACCUUGUGACUGCAAAUCACUAAAUUGGUCAUAUUUUAUAUUGCUAUAAGUCAGUGGUUUUCAAGUCCAGUCCUCGAGGCCCACUGUCCCGCAUGUUUUGGAUGUUUCCCUGCUCCAACACACCUGAUUCAAAUGAUUAGCUCGUUAUCAAGCUCUGUAACGAGCUGAUCAUUUGAAUCAGGUGUGUUGGAGCAGGGGAACAUCCAAAACAUGCAGGACAGUGGGCCUCGAGGACUGGACUUGAGAACCACUGCUAUAAGGGGUUUAAAAAAUGAGGUGUUCUCAUGCUGCUUCUUCUGGUAUUUAAUUUCUGGAGCUUUUUGUCACAAUGCUCUCGGGCUGCAGGUUCACACAUGUCUUCACACUUUUGUUUUCUUGAGUAUUUUUGAUCAACUUGCCUGACUCAGCUGCUUCACUGGAAAAAUCUCUGUCAUAUUUUCUCUCUGGCGUUGCUGUAGAGACCCGUUUUACCUUAUAGGUCUCAUUCAAACCAGAACUUUUUCAAAACAUUCACUUUGAAGCCUCAAGUAACAAGACAGAGACCUAAGUUUGACAACUUUUACUCCAGUGUUAACCACUGAACUUUUCCUGUCGGUGUGAUGGACAGUCGGAGUAGACUUUACUGUCUUUUAAAGAGAAAUUGAACAAAGAGAAGAAUCCUUUUUGGUGUUAUUUGUGUUGUCUCUUCCUUACUGUUUGUUAUUCUGACCACCAGGGGCAGGCAUCUGCAAAACGACAAGGAAAAUUUAAAAAGGUACUGGAUGAGCUAGAAACACUGUACAACAGAGCGUCCUUUGCUCUCCUACCAUGAAGAAAAUGGCUUCUUUCUUACCUAAAGAUGGGAUUUUUUUCAUAACUGAUGUCAAAGCAUGUCAAUAUUGCUGUUUUUAAGUGUGCAAAACUGCUGUCCCUAACAGGUAUUUAUUGUGAUUUAGAGUGUAAAAGUGUUCUGGUGGUCGGUUGGAUAAAUAAUAUUUGUAAAGCACACUAAAUGAACACUGUUAUAUAAAUUUGAAAAGCACAUUUUGAGUGCUAAAAGCAAGCUAAAUAAAGGGACUUUGGAUUUGUAGCCUGUGGCAUUGUUAGGGAAGGGGUGAAUAUUUAAGAUGUUGAUUCAGAGUAGUAUAAAGAGCUCAUGGAUUUUUUUUCUUCUUCCAGGAUAUCAUUUAUUGGUUUCCAACUGAGCACUUGUUUUGUGUUUUCAUUCAGGAUAUUGUUCCAGUCAUCUACCAUUUAAUUCCAUCUCCAAACAAAUCAAAGAAUGGAGGGAAGGACAAGGACAAGGAGGGAGACAAAGAGAAAGACCUGAAGGAUGAGUUUGCAGAAGCAAUGAGAGACUUAAAGAUCCAGUGGAUGACAAAGUGAGCGCUGUGGCUGGUCUUUUUUCCCCCCAGUAACUUAUCGCUCUGCCGCCCUGUUCUCUCAGUUCUCUCUCAAACACAUCACUCUUUUUCUCCCCGUUGUUUAGAUUGGACUCCAGCUCCAUCUAUGAUGAAUUGAGGGAAAACUAUUCAGACUACCUUCCUCUGCACGUGCAAAGACUGCACCAGCUGGACUCUGAGAAGGUAACGUCACACAGCAGCUCUAAAUGAACCAACCUCUAGUUUUAUUUAUCGUUUUUAAAAGAGCGCAACAAUCGACUCACUGUCAUUUCUUCUUCUUCUUUUUGUUCAUCGUCAGGAGCGAGGAAAACGUCUCAGGGAGGUGGUCUCAGCAGCAGACAUUGUCAUCUCCCAGAUCGACCAGACGGCCUUAGCUGUUUACCUCACCAUGAAGACAGACCCUCGGCCUGACGCUGCUUCCAUCAAGACGUACGUCACAAUAGGAUACAUUAUUUGUGGUUGAGCAUGGUCAAAGUGCCUUAUCAAGGAGAACUUAAGAGAACAGGAGACAUAAUGAGAACCAGAAAAUGCACACCACAGCUACCAGAACUAAAUCAUAAUAAAUGUCUAGACUGUUACACAACUGGAAUAUCUUAGAAUAUUGAAGGAGCAAACUCAUAAAUGUAAGUUAUCGUCCGACUCUUCUCCACGGUUCAUGGUUCACAGUCUUACCACGGUGGUUUGCUCGCUGAGCCUCCUCUCUUAGAUGUGUAAGCCAUGUUUCCAGCACACACUGGCAGAGUAAACCGUCUGUUUUGUUAACAUGCACGCAGGAGCCAUCACACACCCAACACGCUUCAUGUGUUAAGUGCCCCAGGGUAAAGCUGGCUCUGGAAGCACAGGCAAGAUCAGAGUUUAUUGUACCAAACUGUACUGAGCCAAAUCGCAGUGCUCCGAGGAAGCGCACGAUUAAUCUUUAACUAAUAUUCCAUUUUAUGACUUGUGGCUACUGUUAAGCAGAAGUAAUGGGUGCUUGCUUUAUAAUUAAAUCCAAUUAAAUAGUGCUCCUGCUCUUUGCCCUCAAAGCCUGGGGUUUAAAUAUCAAAAGUGAGCUAUUUUUUUAAGUAGUAGCCGAGAUAAUCUUUGCAUUGCUCAACUCAGCUGUAUAUAUUUUUUUCGAAAUACCUGCUGAAGCCUUAAAUGAACUUGUAUCCUGUCUUUGUUUCAGUGACAUGGAAAAGCAGAAGUCCUCUCUUCUGGACGCUCUGUGCAGAAAAGGCUGCGCUCUAGCCGACCAGCUCCUGUUGCCUCCUGCACCUCAGGAUGGCGCCGUCGCUGUCCCCACGGUACAAACUACAUCCGAGGAGGUUGUGGAACAGGUGGCCAGCAGCUCUGAUGACUCACUACAGAACGUGGCUAAAGCCCUGAUGGACACGUUCUGGGAGGUGCAGAAGUGGGCAGAGCUGACCGACUCCAAGGUAGGAAUAGAUUCUGACCUGAAUAUGCAGCCAUGUGAGAUUACGAGAUGUAGUUCUCUGAUGUAUUUGACGUUUUUAAUUGACCUUGCAUAGACCGUCUCUUAUUGCUCUUUUCCUCAGCCGGUCUGUGACUCCCUUAAAAUAAACAUAAAGUACAAAUGACUCACUAACGAACAGAAUUUAUCUUACAUGUGUAAAUCAUAUAACGACAUCAUGUGCUAUCACCUGAUAUCUCUCCGUUACCAUUAAGUAAAUAUUGAACUAAUACCGUUUGUUCAUCUUUGAUCUUCACUCAGGUGUUGAUGUUUUCAUACAAACAUGCGCUUGUGAACAAGAUGUACGGCCGAGCCUUAAAAUACGCCUCUAAAAUGGUGGAGGAGAAGCCAACUAAAGAGAAUAUGAGGAACUGCAUCCAGGUAUGACGAAGAGUAGUGGUUAAUAUCUCCUCAUCAUCUCGUUGCUAAAUAUCUCCUUGUUCUCUCAGAAUCACUACUUACAUCUUUUAAUUUGUUUUUCCAGCUCAUGCGUCACCUCAGAUGGACACACUGCGCCACCUUCAGUGAGAACUGGCUCCCAGUCAUGUACCCCGCAGAUUACACACCAUUCUAGGCACACAUACACACACACACACACUCUUUCAGACACAUGCAUGCAUAAGCAGAGCUGCAAUACACGGUCCAUUACAUGGCAACCUCAAUUUCACGCCCCUCAGGGUCACAUGGUCUGUGCAUCUGGAUGUAAACAGUUCGAUGCACCAAAAUGAAGGAUAGUGCUGACAGUAAAUGCUUUGAUGCAAUGACCCCCUUAAAUCUUGAAGGGGUACUUGCUCUGUACUCAAAACUCCUGCCAUGGCUUCAUGAUCUCUUUGUUUUCUGAGUUGGACUUCUCCUUUUAUUUUGGUGUUGUGUAAACAUUUUGGAAGCUUACUUAUACAGCCAUCAUCAGCAAUUGGACUCCAUAUCGUAUAAAUAAUCUCACUGAAUGGUGUAAAUACUACGAAAGGGCCAUUAUUGACUCAUAGGGUACAUCCCGAAAAGCAAAAAGGAACUGAUAUUUACCUACUCACAGCAGAGAAACCCUCAACUGUCAAUACGGUUUGAAAGACAAGACUUGCUGCUGCUGCUGCUGCUGCACAAAUUUGUCCGCCUGAUCCCUGACCUGAGAAGGGAAUCUAAGAUGGGUCUUUCUAUCUAUUUUUUCUUUCUUUUUUCCCUGUGUUUUAGUACUUCCACCCACGCAGAGUCGACUAAGAUGAGAUGUAGUCUUGUCUUGUCCAUUUAGGCUCUGACCUGCGUACACAAAUCAGUGUUGAGGUGCCUUUUUUUACAUGUACCUUACCUUUUUCUGAUGGGAUAAUUAACAGUGAGGGUUUUGGCUGCAGAAAGCUGCAGGAUUAGUAGCGUCCGCUUUAAAUAGUAUCUUCCAUCAGUUUCUGGCGUCACAUAUUGUUUCAAAGCUCAUACCUGCUGCAGUCUGAUGUGUCCGUGCUCCGCACAGGCGCUCAGUCAACUUGGCAGGUAUGUGGAAGCAAUAAAUACACCCACCUGCAGAGGCGUUGCGUUUGUGGGAAGCGCUCAAAGGUUCAGUCCAGAUUUCAUUGUAAAAUGUUCACACAGUGUUAGAUGUUUCCCUGCAGCAUUUAAAAUGUUGCAGUUGUACACAGUGUCAUAAAAUAAUGUACAUACACACAUAACAUAAAAAUAUUAAGAUGCAAUAGGUAUACGAUACAAAUAUUCUAAGUGAUGUAUUUUGCAUAUAUGCAUGUCUUCUAGCCUGUAAGGAAAAAUAUUGUUUUAUUUGGAAGAAGAUUUUAGUUUGUUUCAACUUGGAAGAUUUUUAAUCUCAAAUACAGUUCUGACAAUAUUCUCUGUUUUCAUGAGUGUGUGUUUUAUGAAUGACUAUGUGUACUUCUGAGCAUACUCUGUGUACGUGGGCUUUUUCUCCCAUUGAAACUAAAUUGAUAGCCAUUUAGAGGAUUUUAGCAUGUGUUUGUUUUGCUUUCCUUCUUUAUUUGCUUAAAAAGGACUAUGCCAGUAUUUUCUGUGUCAUCUGGUUUACUACAGUCACAUACAUUUCACAUCACAGACGGCCAUUUUGCCUAUUAUUUUAGAUCGGCCAAGUAUUGAUUUUUAUUACCUCUUUUUCUGGUAAUUUAUGGAUUCACAGUGAACAUCAAAUCUGCAUACAAUGAUCUGAUAACUUCAUUUGUCCAUCGUCUUUUUUCUUCAGGAACACAGCUUCAUGGCAAGUUUUAAUCAUUUUUUUCUAUCAUUUUAAAUUUCAUGGAACUUCUCUGUUUUUGCUGUUUUGACACCCAGUGAGCAAUCAUAAUGAAGCAAUACUUUGAUAAGUAUAUGUUGGCAGUUUGAGGUUGCAUAGUCAUGUUUGCUUUGAAAGUUUUAAUCUGAUUAAACUACAGCCACAGAGCACUCACUUUACAGCGUAGUUUUCGCCUGAUUUAACACAAAACAACUCCAGUAAUUGAUGCAAAUCAUUGCAGAUAAAUAUUUGAUUCUCAAAGUAUGAAAUUAACAGCUAAAGCAUGCAGAAUUGAUGUUCACUGUGAUUUGAUACAGUACUCCUACAACCCUGCCAUAUCGAUUUAGACCUGAGGUGCUACUGUUUUAAUCAAUGUUAUUUGUCUUCACUGUAAAUCUCCCAAACCCCAACAGAGGCAUUCAUAGUAUGUGUAAAAUUGGUGGAGUCCCAUGUUAGCGAGUUUUAGACACUGUUUAUACUGUGGAGAUGAAUUGAAAACUGUGAACGCAGAGAGUGGCAGAAAAUCUAUCUUAGGAUAAGGAACUGGGCUGCAUUAUCAUCCCUUAACAGAGCUUCUAUGAGUUGUAGUUGAGCUAAAGCUGGCAAAAACACUUGCAUCGUCCUUGAAAAUCUUUCUUCUUAUACUCAACUUUUCUAACUUCUACACCUGUAACACAAGCAAUGUAAAUCUGUGGUCUCAGUUAAACCAAAGAAUGAUUUUACAAUGUUUGUUUUAGUCAUCUCAUGAGGGGGAAGGUGCAUGCUACAGAAUGUAAAACCCCUCCAGUUACUGGAUUCAGUUAGUUUGACUAUCAGAACUUACGUGUUACAUCUUCUGUUUUCUCCUGCUGCUUCUUUGAACUUUGUCUUCUCUUUCAUGAAAUCGUUAUUUUUGCUCAGACUGAGGUUAGGUUCAGGGCCCUGCCGUCUACAGUAAGUGUUGCCAAUGACAGACUCUCCAAAAAAGGCCUUAACUUUCACCAUGGGACUGUACCGUCCACUUCUGGCACCUCUGUUGCUCUCACUCUGCUGGUGUCGGGAAACUCCUCAGAAAUGCUUCUUCUGGAUGUUGAGUGUUUAUAUUUAUAGUCAUAAAAAUCUAGCAAAUGCCAAUAUUUUACAGAAUGUUAUGAGAUAAGGUUGUAUGCUCUUAGUAUUAUUUUAUAUCCAUUCUUCCUUGAUGAUGUGGGAAAUAUCCCAGCCAAUGUCACGCGAUUUUAUGGUCACACUGAAUUGAGUCACAAAAAAGGAAAACAUCACUGAAUAAAAAUGAUUUGGAAGAAAGAAAGUGUCCACUUGCCGUCACUUAACUAAACAGCAAUUUGGCCGCAAGCCUUUAUCUGUUCAUCAUGAGAAGAUUAGACUCCAUGUUAAAUAUGCAAAUGUUUGCAGCACGUUGCUGCCUAUCUUAAAGCCGUCGAUGGACUGGAAAGUACCAUAUGAAUCAUGCAGUGGUACGGUGGAUGGUUUGAUCAUUGGGCUGUGGUGAUGGGGCCAAGAAGGUGUAAGGAAGUUUUUGACCACAAGAUGGCAAUACAUAUCACAAAUGUUUGAGACAGAUAGCCGUUACCACAGGUAGAACAUAACCUGAAGGGCCUACUGGUAUCAGUAAUACUCUCUAUAUUAAAGAUUUUCAUCAUUCAUGAAUUAAUAAAUGAGUGAAUGAAUGAACUUUAGCAUCAGACCGCACCAGAACUCCAAAUUGUUUCCAUUUGUUUUAUCUACACAACACCAGAAUCCAUCUACACAUUCACUGCUCUGGUUAUUGACAGUCAUUAAAAAGUUCAAUUUCAAUACUUCCCCAUAAGUGAUCAUAACUAAGUCAUUUCUUCCAUAUAGUGACAGUGCAGCACUUGUCUAUAACAUCCAAAUAAGAAUGAAUUUCUGACAUUCCUAAAUAACUUUUAAAAAAAAAGUAGCUGUAAGAGUAAUGUCUAUUUCUUUUUUUUCCAGCAAAAACCUAUCUCAAGAACAACAUGUGGUUAGAUCAAUCCUGGCUUUUGUUCCUGCCUCCUCCAGAGUGUUAGAGUCAUAUAGCUUUGACCUUUUCACCAUGACGCUCUCCUCCAAAGUACCGAAAAACAUUAAAGUUGGAGGUAUUUGAUCACGAUGACAGUUCCUUACGGACCUGUUAUCAUGGCCUACUGUUUUGCCCUCUGGUGCCUCCCAAAUACAUGUAUUGGAUAAGUAUGAAACACAUUUUGGACCCUCGUAAUGUUCCUACCUGUCAGGCAUCUCAUAAAUCUCACCAAGGCCAAAAAAAAAUAAAAAAUGUUGCAAACAUGACUUCCGUGUACCUCACCUGUUUCUCUGUUGCCUGUUCUGUUGAUGCUCUUUACUCUCUUUGUUGAAAUCAUUGUGCAGCUCAAGGUCUUCUCCAGACACAAAAAUCAGAGUGAUUAACUUCUCAGGGGGAAAAAAUGGUUUUCCUCAAUGUUACUGCUGUGUGUGAAGGGACUAAAGUGUUCUGUCUGAAACGAGACUCUAUUAGAUAAUUGGCUAAUUCCCUGACGGUUGCACCUCUUGAAUCAUUUAAAGAGUGUUUUAUUUUGUUUUUUUGAGUUAUUAUUAUUUAACCAUUAGACAGCCUCCUGGACAUGAGCCUAAUUAUCAUGAGAAAAAGAGAAAAAAAUGGUGUAAAAGUAAGAAACCCACUCAGUACUGACUUAUAAAAAUAUGACUUAACCCCCAAAAAAUUGUAACAAAAGGUUUCUCAACUGUUUUCUAUAGUAUUAGAUGUACUUAGGGCAGCACAGUGGUGUAGUGGUUAGCACUGUCGCCUCACAGCAAGAAGGUCCUGGGUUCGAAUCCAGAUCAGGGUGUUUCUGUGUGGAGUUUGCAUGUUGUCCCUGUGUCUGUGUGGGUUUACUCCGGUUUCCUCCCACAUCCAAAAAACAUGCAGAAGUGAGUGUGGAUGGUUGUUCAUCUCUACAUGUCAGCCCUGCAAUGAACUAGUGACUUGUCCAGGGUGUCCCCUGCCUUCGCCCAAAGAUGCUGGGAUAGGUUCCAGCCCCCAUGCGACCCCGGGAACAGGAAUAAGCGGUAGAAAAUGGAUGGAUGGAUAGAUGUCCUUACAAACAUACUCAAAGUUUGACCACUAAAAAGGUG